AAAAAAAAAAAAAAGAAUUCGCCAAAACAGAACACAACAUAUUGCUUUCCUGUGAAAAAUAAAAAAUAUAUAUUGUUCUUCGGUAACUUAUUAAUCCUGAAUUAAUAGUGACAAUGGAUGUGAAAUCGGUUGUUGAAGGUGUUUCUACAGAUGGAGACUCCCCUGUUUACCAGGUUGAAAGCCUCUGCAUGCGGUGCGGUGAAAAUGGGAUAACCAGCUUUCUGUUAACUUUGAUUCCACAUUUUAGAAAGAUUUUGUUGUCAGCCUUUGAGUGUCCACAUUGUGGUGAGAGGAAUAAUGAGGUGCAGUUUGCCGGUGAGAUACAGCCCCGUGGUUCUUGCUAUCGGAUGGAAUACUCUUCGGGUGAUCAAAAGAUGCUCGAUCGACAAGUAGUGAAAUCAGAAACCGCAACAAUUAAGAUUCCGCAAUUGGAUUUUGAGAUUCCUCCAGAGUCGCAACGUGGAUCUUUAUCAACGGUGGAGGGAAUCCUGGUCCGGGCUGUGGAGGCAUUACAGGCACUUCAAGAAGAAAGAAAGAAAGUUGAUCCUCAGACAGCUCAGGCUAUAGACGAGUUCAUACCAAAACUGCAAGCAUGUGCAACUGGAAAUUCCUCUUUUACUUUUAUACUAGAUGAUCCUGCUGGCAACAGCUUUAUAGAGAACCCGUAUGCUCCGUCCCCAGAUCCAUCACUAACUAUUGACUUCUAUGAGCGAACUCUUGAGCAACAAGCCUCACUCGGAUAUCUUGUUGACCAAUCACAAAGAGAACAUGGAAAUGAUGCAUCAUUCAACAAUCAAGCAUCUGAACCUCAUGGAUCUGUUGGAGCUGUCGCUGCCCGACGUGCUAUUGCUCAGGGUAGCAGUACAGAGUUUACUGAAGCACUGUUUCGCUAUAGUGCACCUGAAGAGGUGAUGACUUUUCCAUCAACAUGUGGUGCUUGUGCUGUUAGGUGUGAGACUCGGAUGUUUGUGACCAAUAUCCCGUACUUCCAAGAAGUCAUUGUGAUGGCAUCUUCUUGUGAUGCUUGUGGGUAUAGAAAUUCUGAGUUAAAAGCAGGUGGUGCCAUAUCUGCAAAAGGAAAGAAAGUGACACUUUUGGUCAAAAAUGUUGAAGAUUUAAGCCGUGAUGUGAUAAAGUCGGACACUGCUAGUGUAAAAAUCCCAGAUAUUGAUUUGGAGCUCGCAGGUGGCACAUUGGGCGGUCAAGUAACAACUGUGGAGGGUUUGAUCACCAAAAUAAGCGAAAGUCUCGAGAGAGUGCAUGGGUUCACUUUAGGAGAUAGUCUAGAUGAGGAUAGAAGAAGCAGAUGGCUGGACUUCAGAGUCAGACUCACAAAGCUUCUGAGUAUUGAAGAGCCUUGGACACUGAUUUUAGAUGAUGCUCUAGCAAACUCUUUUAUUGCACCAGCGACUGAUGAUAUUAAAGAUGACAAUCAGUUAACUUUUGAGGAGUAUGAGAGAUCAUGGGAACAAAAUGAGGAGCUGGGUUUAAACGAUAUGGAUACCUCAUCAGCGGAUGCUGCGUAUGGUUCGACAAAUGCUUCAUAAAAGCAUGCAAUAGGUGGGCGAGAUGUGUUGAUUCUUGAUUGUUUAAAUAUUGUAUCAUGUGUUACUCACAUCUUAAAUAUAUGCUCCUACAAGUAGUGCUUACCAGCUCUGUCAGCUGUAUCAUGUGUUGCUGACAUGUUGUCUUUCUUAAAUAUAUGCUACUGUAAAUAAUGCUUAGCUUUGUCUUGAGUUGUUGCCUUUGAUUUUUAAACAUCACUCUGAAGGCCUGAAUACAAGGAACGCAUUAAAAUA